AUGGACCAUCGCCGCGCCCUCCUGCUGGCCGACCACGCGAGCAAGGGGCUCACCGGGAUGGUCAAGGACGCGCUGGAGCAGCCAUAUGUCGUGCACCAGCCUGAUUGUCAGUACGGCGCCCGGGGAGGCCGAGGCAUCGACAUGGCGUCUCAAAUUUUCACCUCCCUUGUGGAAUACGUCGCAGCACCACAGAUGUGGUCCAUAUUCGUCCUGUUCGUGGACCUUACCAAGGCGGUCGACUUCAUCAUUCGCCAGCUUCUCCACGGGUGGGGCCGCGUACCCGCCGACCAACGUCUCCCGCGCGUCCGUGACCUCGGCGUCGCGCCGCAGGCCGCGGAGUGGAUCACCCAGUGCAUCUCUGAGCACGGGUCCCUGAUUGGACACUGGGGCGAGGAUCCGGUGGCAAGCGCCAUGGCCAGGACGCUCCACGAGGGCGCGUGGCUUGCCAUCGAUGGACGUCCCACGGCUGUCGCCAGCCAGACGGGUGGCCGCCGGGGCUGCAAGCUGGGAGCGCAGAUGUUCAACAACGUUUACGGGGUGGCGCUCCACGUGAUCGCCUGGGAACUUGACCGCCGAGGCGUCGCGCUGAAGGUCGCCGAGGCGCCGCGAGAAUUCUGGCGCCGACGGCGCGCCUGA